AUGUUUUGUAUUGUUCUGUUCACGUUUAAGGUAACGAUGAUCUCGAAGAAGUUGUCCGAAAUGGAAGAGCAACAGUUGCACAGUAACGAUGAACGCGGACGACUUCGUACUGAGAACGCUGUGCUCACCGAACGGGUUCAUGUACUCGAGGAACAACUUCUCUUAGCUGAGCAACGAUUCCGAGAACAACUUCAAGAGGAAAAAAGCCGAACGAAGGAGUUACUUCAACGACUAGAACGGGAGAAGCUGUUAGAAACGGAAAGUCUCACACUUAAGUAUCAAAUGCUGGAGAAGGAUCUACAAGCAGCGAAGAAAGAUGCGGAAAAAGCACGUGAAGAGACGGCACGAACUCAGGAUAUUGUUGAGGAUCUUCGUGGACAAUUAGUCGAAAGUAAACUGUUGGUUGAAGACCUGGAGGACGAACGAGUAAAACUGGAAAGGCAAUUCAAGAGGUUCAAAGAAGAGGCUCAACAAGACAUCGACAGUAGUUCGGAAAUGGUUGAAGUGCUUACUCAACAGACGGAAGAGUUACGACGAAACGGUCCGCAUAGACAAGGUUCAAUUGUCGAGCAGGUCAGUCAGAUUAGCGGUCUCGAGGAAUCACUCGAACAAGCUCGUUCCGUUAUUCGCGAUCUACAACGUGAACGUGACGAUCUGCAAGCCCAGCUAUUAGCCACCAGUGUAGAACGAGGGCGAACCCUACUGGCGGAUCAGCCGUCGCUGGCCGACGAGCUGAUGAGUGGAGGCGGAAACUCGGAACAGGUCCAUAACAAACUUUAUUGCUAA